AUGGACAUCAACAGGAACAACAUCUCCACCUCAUCAGCCGGGGGCUUUGAAGAUGCCCCCGGAGACCAAGAACCCGACGACCUCAAUCUCUUCCUCUCCCUCGGAUCCCCCCAGCCUCGCAAGCCGCAACCAAAUCCCGAGCAGCUGCCCCCAAAGUCUCCUGCAAUAAUAUUCCAGCCACAUCAGCUGCAAGCGCCUCUAGCUAACCACUUCGUGAUGCCCAACGCUUCCCCGUCCUCCUGGCCACUUCCCAUCAACCCCCACCAGCAGCUGCUCUUCCAGAUGCCGCCACUGCAGCAUCUCCCGAUGCCAAUCUUGCCACAGCCUCAUAAAGAGGAGCCUCGACCCUCUAUUGGAGCAGUCCAGUCGCCAAGGGCACAGGCGCAACGUGGACGAGUGGCUGGGGCGGGCGGAGCGCUGAGCAGGAGAGGGAAGGCCCAGAUGAUCACCCCACCCUUCCCUUGGGCCACGAACAGGCGGGCCAUGGUCCACUCGUAUGCAUACCUCAUGGCCAAUGGCAUGAGGGAGAUCACUGGGGAGGUGCAAUGCAAGCGGUGCGACAGGAAGUAUGAGAUGCAGUAUGAUCUCAAGGAGAAGUUCGCUGAGUUGUGGGAGUACAUAACCAAUACCAGGAGCUUAAUGCACGACAGGGCCCCCAAUCGGUGGCUGAACCCCGCCCUCCCCGACUGCCGCCACUGUGAGCAGUCCAACUGCGUGAGGCCCGUCUCCACCAAGAAGAAGGAAAUCAACUGGCUGUUUCUCCUCCUCGGGCAGCUCCUUGGCUGUUGCAAGCUCUCCGAGCUCAAGUACUUCUGCAAGCACACCAGAAACCAUCGCACUGGCGCCAAAGAUCGGGUCCUCUACAGCACAUACAUGGGACUGUGCAUGCAGCUUGAUUCCAAGGGGCCCUUCCACGUGUAA